CACACUAAGUUAGAAACGCCGCCGCGCAGUACAUUCAACUUUUCGCAUUAUUUUCAAAGUCAAAACAAACAAAUUAAAUGUAAUGUAAACCAUUUCAAUACUCCAAUAGUAUUGUUUUAAUUAUUUUAAUUGCAUUUUAAAAUGUUAAUUUUAAAACCAUGGACUUGCAAGAAUUUCUUACAUUGGAGCGGCAACAAUUGCAAAAAGACCGGGAACGUUUGUUUCCCUCACACACGGAAAAAUGCCCAGCCGCUAUAUUAAUGCAAACCAAGGACUACAAGCCAGUGCAAUGUCAUCGUAAUCAUCAUCACAAUCAUCAUCACUGUAAGGACGAACAGUCCAAUGAACUUUCCAUCGAGUCGCCGCUGUCUUCCUUAGCAACCGAUAACCAAAACGUAAACGAAGAACUUCAUUUGGAUUUAAGUCAACUGCAAGAGCAGGAAACGGAUGAAGAGGAGGAGGACAAGAGGUUACCGAAUGUGUUACCCAAAUCUGCCAAAGAAUUCGUAAAUCAACGUGAACUGCUCGUUGGCAGCGCUCGACCGUACAAAUCUCCAAAUGCGUCUCUGGAGGAACGCAAUUUGGAAAGCGGGCGACCGCUAAGCGAGAAUCGUUUGCCAAUUAGGCGGCGAACCACGGAUGAUAUGGAGCAAUGGGUUACGGACACAUUUUAUUCGUAUUUUCCCGGCUUUAACAAUGAAAAUCAGAAACGGCAAAAUUAUUUGCGUGAGCGACAGCGCGAGAACCAGCAGAACUUUCUCAAGCACCAGAUGCUCCAUCCACCGGCCACAAAAUAUCAUCGAGAACAUCAACAACAGCGUUUAGGACAAGCUAACAAGCAGCAGGGAUCACAGCAAGCUUCAACAGCUACCGCUGCGGCGGAUGCUGCUGCCACUGAGCCACGUUCCAGCCAAUCGACAACUACCAGCACUUCAAAUCAAAGCACAACGGAUAAGACUGAUCUAGAGUUAAUUGUAAAUAAUAAUCCAAAUUAUGUGCCGCCUAAAAAUAUACGACCAGGCACUACAAGGCACAAACUGAUUCAGGAUCUGGGGCAUGUAGAGCUAUCCAAUAUAGUAACUGGCAAUGGCAUUAUGGAGCGUAAUAUGCGAAGUGCUGAGUUGGAAACGGCUCGUAAAAAGGAUUAUCAACGUGAUCUAAUGCAACAGAUUGAGGAGAAGCGUCGCUCAAUUGAAAUGCUUAGAGAGAAAGAGCGUCGCCAGGAGGAAGCACUCACUAGACGACUCGAAGCUCAACUGAAGAGCAUGCAACUCGAAGAGCAGCUGGAAAAGGAACGUGUACGCAUCGAAAAGGCUCGCAUCGAGUCCGAACGCAAUCGUUUAAUGCGUGAACAACUGUUGUCCAAGCUGGAACAGGAUGCUCAAUUUCUAAAGGCCAACAACAGUAACAGCAACAGCAACAGCAAAAAGCAGGAGAGUAGCAAUAAUCUGGCCGACACGUCUUCCAGAAGUAAGGACGAAUCCAAUACCAAUAAGGUGUAUAAAUACUUUAGCAAUUCAGCUCAUCACGAAUAUCGACGUGGCCAACCCUUGCCGCCGGCUGUGGAAUUGGAUUUUGAGCUGCCACCGCAAAUGUCGAAAAUAGAACGCGAGUGCUUCCAUUUGUGUGACAAAAUUUGUCCCAUGUGCGAUGAGCCGUUAAAGAGCUAUGAAAGCUGUUGUCUGCGAUGCCAACGUAAAUUGGCCUUGACACUGAAGAAAAAGCAAGACAAUCAGUCCAAUGUUGAAUCCAAGGAGAGAAAACCGACAGAUGACGACGAUGAUGAUGAUGAUGAUGAUGAGAAUGAUUAUGUGAAUAACGAAGUGGACGAUGCCAAUCACAAGUGUCGAAGCAGCAGUUAUGCUCUGGUUUGUGUGAAAUGCGAACGAUUGUAUGCCAUGUGCACUGAAUGUCUGGCUAAAAGUGAUGUCUGUCGAGCCUGUCAGCGUGAACGAAAUGUCUGCAUGAAUUGUCGUCGCAAUUUGUGCUCAUUUUGCCUUGAGGAAAUUGCCUGUGGCCGUGAUACCGAACGUUCGCAUAUCAAUGAGAAAGAUACAGAAGCCGCUGCAACCAAUACGGAUGAUAAUGCUUUUCGGGUCCUGGAACUUAAUUACUCUGUGCCAGCAGCUAAGGAUACUACAUCUUCAACUCUUCCAGAUCAGUCGAAUCCUACAAUUUCACCUCCAUAUUCAAUCAACAUAGCACGAAAUUCUAUAUUUCAUGCAGAUUAUAAGCCAACUCCCGUAAAACCUUCUUUCGUUGAACAUCACCAGCAGCAGCAGCAGCAGCAACAGCAGCAACAACUUUCGACAGUUUCUGGUAGUGUGAAUACAAGCCUUGAAGUGGACAGCGCUGAUGAACACGCCAUGGAACGUAUACGCCGUCAGACGGAUCAGCGUUUAUCGCGUUACCUGAAAAAUUAUGGUGAUUUGGCCUCAAAUCAACGAAGUAAGAGUGAGUCACGCCAUCGUGGCACACAAACAACUCCCCAGACAAUAGGAAGACGAGAUGUGGUUCUAAGAGAAGCUGUGGCCCCACAUAACCUAUCCAUGCCCCUCUUGCGUGAAAUGCCCAAAAUGACACGCAAGGAAACUGGCAUGACCCUGACAAGCAAUAAUCAGCGAAAAAUCGAUCAUCUAAAGAAGCGAUGGGAGGUUCCCGCUGUUCAAAAGUUCACCGUAUCCUCAACAUCACCGAAAAUUCUCACCCAAGUGGGCGCCAUACGUAAACAGCUGCAGGCAGCACGAUUCUAUGACGAUGCCGAACCGGAUGACCAUGAUUAUUAACGAAGGCCAUUAAACUAACAGCCAUUUUUCCAUAAUAUUUAAGAAAAAAGGUUAUUGUUUAGUUUCUUUUCUUUUUGUAACGAUUUCGUUUCUCAUCUCACUUUGCUAAAAAUAAUAUUUCCUUUUCUCUAUACAUAUACAUAAAUAUCAAUAUAUAAAUAAUUCCAAGUGCUUCGGCUGUUUGAAUGCAGCAGUUAAAAUACUUUUUAAAUCAUGA